AUGGAUUAUACGGGAAUGAAUGAGGUAAUUGCGCAGUAUGUGGAGAAGCAGGGGCCGCGAAGAUCAUCCGCCGCAAUGAAGCGUCCCAGGCCAUCGACUGAGGAUUCUGCACCUUUGCGUGAGGCUCUCAAGGUGUUUGGUCAACGUGCCACUGCACUAGACGCGGAGCUUUCCACCCUUGACAAACCCCCUGUUGCGUUUCAAGGCAAAUUGUGGACCCUUGUCCUUGAGUUGCGGCCGUAUUUCCUGGUGGCACUCUCGUCGAAUGAAUUGCAGAUUCCUGAAGAGAUGAAAAAGUUGUGUCAAGCAGAGGAUCCGCAUCGAUUAUUGAGGUAUGUUUGGCUUGCCCUUCGCAUUUAUAUCAGUGUUGCCCGCAUUGCGGCGGUAGUUCCGGGCGUCCUUCUGCAUAGCAUAUUGACUCUUUUUUCAUUGCUGCCCGUGUUUGGAGCGCCAUCUCUGCUAGCUGCAACAGAUGAAAAGAUGCUCUUAAGGGGAUUA